AUGGGAGUGGCCACGAUGCCAGCCUUGACGUGGAGAUCAGCUGAGCACAUUCCGACGGUGUGCAAGCGCGUGGUGGAGACCAAUCACCCCAUCAACAAGGAUGAUCUUGGAAAGAACGCAGUAAGAGUGGUCCGGCUGCCCAACGCUUCCCGGAUCAUCGUCCGAUUCGACCCUUUGAGCCAGCUGGACACCGGGGACUUCCUCAAAAUUUACACCAAGGGCAUCAAGGGCACCAAGGGCAAAGAGCCGCGAGAGAUCCUUUGGUCGGGCAGCCGCAGCGAGAUCGCUCGCCGUGGAUGGCCCGGCGUUGACGCCCCAGGCCUUGUCAUCGAAGGGGAGGCAUUUACCAUCGAGAUGAGCCGCAUCAUGAAGGUCGGCGAUGGCGAAGAAGUCGCCUACGGCUACCGGUUGAUUGCGGAGGCGGAGCUUGCACCCAGCGCGGUGAACAAGAUGCACAUUGCCUGCCAAGCCUCGAAGUACGUCUGUGCCUCCAUUCUCUCUGACUGUGGCGGGGACGUGCAAGAGGCCCUCCGGUUGCUGCCGGAGGUCCGUGGGAAGUGGGAGGAGCUGGAGAGCCUCUUGGAGAAACGCCAACAGAGCCUCGGGCUGCGUAGCGGCGGCUGCUUCGUGGCAACGCAAGCUACGGCACUGGAGGACUCUUGGCUUCUCGGUGCGCGCCUGGACCUCGGAGCGGCAGCGCUGAGCUUCGCUGCGAGGGAGACUUUGCGGCCGAUGCCCAACGAGUGCUUCUCGGACCAGGACUAUCAGGAGGCACUGGGCCACGAGCGCCCCAACGUCCUUCCAGUCUCCACGUCCUUGUACCGGAACACCUUGAGCUUUCGGUGCGGGCAUGAGUACACAGCGGAGAUUUGGGCUUCUCCGGACUUCAAAUUGGCCUUGGACCGGAGAGGUUUGAAAAUCGAGGCCGGUUCGGGUGGCCAUGAGGUACCUUUCGCCUUCCACCCCGUGGACGGCGGAAAGGGUAACUUAAGCUGGCGCGAGGAGACGUGGAUUGCGGUGGCCAUGACCGAGUUGGUGAGCCACUUGCGGAAGCACCGGCGCCGCCACGAAGUCUUCGAGGCGUUGUUGAGCACACCAGAAAAGGAUCCGUCACUUCGGAACCAACCAGAACCCUGGCACCGUACCGUUGCCGGGAGCUGGUUUGCGGACGCCAAGUGGUACGGAGUCUCAUCCUCGGAGAUGUCUGGCGACGUCCUUGCCCUGGUGACCAGCGAGAAGAGCGCCUUCUUCCUGGAGUUUGAGCUGCUCCCAUGUGGUGUCCUAGUUGCCUAUCGGCUUCAUGAGUACGACCGCGGCACCUUCCGCGAGGCCGUCUGGACCUCCGACAGGAGGCGUUCGCUCUUUGGGGCAGACCCCGAGAACUCCUUCGAGCUCUUUGCGGUGCCCAAAGCCCUGGAGGACCGCGCGGGUGAACUGAGCCCUUUGAUGGCGUACGCCCCCUCCGUGGUCCUCCACAGCGCCAAAGGACGCUACCUGCCGCAGAGAUUCCUUCGAGGACUGUUGCCCGAAGUGCUGCUGCCACAUUAUGCAUUCUGGCAGAUCUCCGAGCAGUGCAUCGAAGCACGGCCCAAGGACUCCCAAAGCCGCUGGUUCAGCACGCCUCUGAAGAUCCAGAUGCUGCCGGGCUUGGCCAGAGUCACAAAGGAGUUAGCAGAGGAUCAGGAGGGCCCCGAGUUGCUGGAUGCAACUCGUGCCUCCCCGAGCUCGGAGCUCUCAGUCUUUGCAGAGCGGCUUUCGCGGGUGGAGCCUUUGUCUCACAUUCUGCUGUGGACGAGCUCCAAAGAUAUCGGUGCUGCGUUGGACCUGGUAGAGAUGCCACGCUUGCAGCUGCGCUUUCGCUUGAGGGAAGGACCUGUGAUCCGCGACUUGGGCGAUGGCGAUGGCCCCAAGAUCGCUUUUGAGCCAAAGCUCUUCUGCGAUGCUUAUGGUGGACAGCUCUACCUCGAAGCCACUCAGCAUCAGGCGAUUCGACAGCUCCUUCCAAACUGCCCUCACGUGCUGCCGCCUCAUUGCCUCCUCCUAAGAUCCGAGUCUGGCGAGGCGAAGGUGGUGGCCCCUCUUGGCGCGUUGAAGCGGCGCCAGAGCUAUCCAGAGCCGUUUUCCACCAAAGUCAGUCUACAAAUCUUCGGCGAGGAGUUUCUGUGCCCCACUGCAGCCUACGACCUCCCUCUGGCGACGGGCACGGAUCUGAAGUGUCCGAGUCUCCUGUCCGCUUUGUGGCUGCUACUGAGCCGCUUGCUGCAGCUGGACUACGAGGGUGCCGUAAAGCUGCUGCCGUUCGUGUCUGUGGCUUCGGCCGAAGGCCACCUGCGACACGACGAGGCCCUGGUAUUCCGGAUGGCCUUGAGGGAUACCUCGGACCGAAACCCGGAUGCUGUGGCCAUUCGCUUACGCCUGGUGCAUGCCACCGUGGCCUGUCGGCAGCCCGACGAGGACUUGGCCAGGUGUGCCUUCGCCGACGCGGCGAGCUACAUCUCCCACCUGACACACGUGAGCCAGAGCUGCUGCAUGUCCCUGGACGAAGAGCUGGAGCUCUGGAACAGCUUGAGCUCCAUGAAGAGCGAAAUGGAGGCCACCAAUCGCUUCAUCGCAUGGCGCCGAAGCGUGCUGCUGGCAUGGAAGCAAGGCUCCUCCGAGGUGGACGUGCAAUGGGCGCGGCGUUGCCCCGGUGCGUGGCUUUCCACUGUUCUUGAUGACGAAGAGCAGGCGGCCUAUCUCCAGAAUCUGCCGGUGACAGAAAUCGACUGCAUCGGCCGCCCGACGAUGUAG